CCCUUCAAAAGUAUUUGAUGUCAGAAGAAUAACUAGUGUGCGAUGUUAUUGUAUAUUUCCUAAUGUAUUGGGCUCUGUUUAUUUUUUUCAAGUUUUAUAACUGAAAAUAUUUCAAAGCAACUAUUUUCUGUGCUUCGGACAUUCAUUUAAAUUUUAGUUGCAAACCCAAACGCUUUAAAUUGGGGUAGGUAUGGCCCUACUUGGCAAAUCUAAUAAUGACGUUAAACUUGAUGAAAAUACCGAAGCAGGAGAAGAUGAUCAAAAUCUUUGGUUACAUAUUUUGAGUCAAGUUCAGGAUAGUUCUCAUAGCAAAUUGCCUUCUUGCAAAGCUCUACUUGUAUUAGGUGAUGAAGAAUCUGGAAAGACGUCACUUAUUGCAAAAUUACAAGGAAAAGUGGAUCCUAGAAAGGGUUGUGGCCUGGAAUAUCAUUGCAUUUAUGUCCGCGAUGAAUAUCGAGAUGAUCACACAACGUUAGGCGUUUGGGUAUUGGAUGGAGACAGUUUUCAUCGAAAUUUACUGAAAUUUGCAUUAAAUAAAGAAACAGUUCCCAACACUACAGUUAUUCUAACUGCUUCAAUGACAGAGCCAUGGAAUAUUAUUGAAUCUCUUCAAAACUGGGCCUUAAUUUUAGAAGAACACAUUGACAGGUUGCGUAUUCCUGAAGAGAUCCUUCAAGAACAUAAAAAUAGAGUUUUAAAACGAUUUCAAGAGUACCUGGAACCUGGCGCCGAGAUCAGCAAUGUAACUUCGCCGAUUCGGCCGCCUGGGACAGAAAAGGACCCCUUAAAUAGUCAGCAAAUCAAGAUAAAUCUUGGCUUAGACAUUAUAGUAGUUAUCACAAAAACAGAUUACAUGUCCAUAUUGGAGAAAGAACAUGACUACAAAGAGGAACAUUUCGACUUCAUUCAGCUGACGAUCCGUAACUUUUGUUUACUUUAUGGUGCUUCACUUUUCUAUGUAUCAGUUAAAGAAGACAAGAACUGUGAUUUGCUCUUAAAAUACCUAAUGAACAGAGUAUAUUCUUUCCCAUUUAGAACGCCAGCUCUUGUAGUAGAAAAGGAUGCCGUUUUUAUACCCGCAGGCUGGGACAACUCAAAAAAAAAUGGUAUCUUAGUAGACAACCUAACAACUAUAAAAUCAAGUGAUGCAUAUGAUGAAGUGAUCGUUAAACCCUCAGGAAGCAGAAAGGACAAACUUGCUGCAAGUUCAGUUCGUGGGGAAUACAAGGCUUGCAUCAGACUUGCAGACUUGUCGCGUCCAUUUUGA